AUGCGAACAAGAUUUUCUUCUUUAUCAUUCCAUAAUGAGAAAAAAAUUACUAAUAAAUAUUGUCAUGCUUGUUUAAAUUAUGUAGAAGAACGAUCACAUCAUUGUUACAUAUGCCAACAAUGUAUACCAAUACAAGAUCAUCAUUGUUUUUUUCUUGGUACUUGUAUUGGUAGACAUAAUCAAAAAUAUUUUCUUUUAAUGCUUUUUCAUCUUCUAUGUGCACAUUUUAUUGGUUAUGCAUUUGUUUGUAGUUUUUUAUGGAAUGAAAUGGGAGGAUAUCAUUUUGUAACGAUUUUUAAAAUUUUAUUUUUUAAUAUUGGUUAUGUUCUUGGAUUUGUUGAAACAAAAUGGCAAGCAUUCAUUGGUGUUCAUCAUUAUCUUGUUUAUUUUGAUAUUGUAUUUAUAAGUAGAUUAUUUUAUCAAAUGAUCAAACGAUCAUUGAAUGGACAAACACAUAAAAUGGCAACGAAUGGGCAUACACCAUUGACGAAACAAGAUUCGAAAUCAACAGCUGUUGUUGAAGUUAAUACACUUAGUGAAGAUAAUCAACUUAAUCCUGCUGAUCAUGAUGGUGUAACAUCCGAUUAUUCGAUUCAUGUUGAUAGUAAAAAUACAACAUAUACAAAUGAAUUUAUUGAAAGUAAAUAUAUAUAUGAUAUGAAUCAUUGUGAAGUUGAUCAAAGUACAAAACGUGUGGAAAUUAUUCCAAGAAAAUAUCAAUAUAUAUUUCGUACAAAACGUCAAGUACAACGUACAGGUGUAAUGCUUGUUGGUUGGGGUGGAAAUAAUGGUUCAACAUUUACUGGUGCAACUAUUGCUAAUCGAGAUAAUAUAACAUGGAUGCGUAAAGAAAUGUCAUAA